GCCUCUGUCGUUGUUUCACAGUAAGCAGGUAGGAGGAAGUCCUUGUCCAGCGAGCAGUAGCCGCCCAAAGACAAAUAACAUCUGAAUAAAACCAUAAUAAGGAGUAAAACAGAGCAUGGAAGCAAGUAAACCACUUCGGACGACAGCUGGAGAUGGCCCUGGAGCAGAAGAGGAGGCCAAAAAGGCAGCAGCUGCAGCCAAGGCAGCAAUCCGCUUGCCUGAAGUUCGUCUGGUGGUGCUUGGCUGGAGAUGGCCAGGAAAGAGUCUGACUGCAAACACCAUCAUAGGCAAAGAGGAGUUUCAUUUGGAGCGAGGAGCUGAGUUCUGUGUGAAGAGACAGACAGAGGUGCAGGGGCGGCAAGUGACUGUGGUGGACACUCCAGGCUGGUACUCUGUUCAGGAUACUCCACCCUCCUAUAAACAGGAGUUAGUGAGGGGAGCUUCUCUUUGCCCUCCAGGUCCACACGCCUUCCUGCUUGUCAUCCCUGUGGGCAUGUUCACAGAGGUGGACCGUGCUCGCCUUGAGGAGCAUGUGAACCUGUUUGGCGAGCAUGUGUGGGAGCACACAAUUGUGGUUUUCACCUGGGCAGAUGUGUUGAAGACCAUUUCCAUCGAAAGGUACAUUCGCAGGGAAGGCAAGGAGCUGCAGCGGGUUCUGGAAAAGUGUAAGCGAAGGUACUUUGUCAUUAACAACUGCAUAUUUGGGGAGCAUCCCCAGGUGGGGUUCUUGAUGGAGAGAGUGGAGAAGAUGGUGGCAGAGGAAGGGGGCCACUACAACCCAGAGGAGGUGGAGAAGGAGAAGAAACCUCUGGAUGAGAACCAGAAUCCAGCCAGACAGGGGCAGGAGUUGGGGGCAAUACCCAAACGGAACUCUGGGAUGAGUUUGUCCAAAGCCAUGGAAGUGGAGCAGCUUUCCAAUUAACGAGACACUCAUGGCCAAUGGAUCCCAAAAACCACAGCUAACGGAACAUCUGCCUCACUGUCCUGACAGCUAAGCAUCUUAUUUGACAAGAAAGAAAAGGGUGACUGAAAUUUCACCAAAUGUACAAACCUGUUUGAGUUAUUUAUUGUUUUGAUCAGAUAUGUUACUGUGUGUUUUGGUUGUAUUUGUUCCCGAUUUUUAUCGAAUGCCUUUGCCUCAAGCCUAAACACCCUUUUUUCAUACUGCUCAAAGAUUUAUACUCCACUAUUUGAACAUGAAACAAUAUAUUUUUUCUUUAAUUCGGAAGAUGGUCUAUGGUUUGUGAUAGUGUCUUGGGGGUUGUGUGAUGGGAGGGAUUUAAUUUAAUCUAAAACAAGGAGGCACAAGCUGUUACAUGUUCAAUCCAAAGUGUACACUCCUUAGCUAGAAGAACUGCACUACUAAAUUGUUAUUAUAAUAUUAUGUCAGUGACUGUUGAGGGGAUUGCUUUUUUAAACAAUUCCCAUUUGUUGUGACCAAACUGUAAAUUCUUUCCUCAUGCUGCAAUGUUUAUAACACUCACAGUGCACAGUUAUAAAGCGCUGGGGCAGUUAUUGAUUUUGUGUGUCGCCUUAAAGCAGUGAUUAUGUUUCCCUUAAAUGCAUCUUUUACAUGUAUAUCAUUUUGUGGCAGAGGGAUUUGUUUAAAGCAAGGAUGCAUUACCUUGGAAAGCUGCAACGAUGAGUCAAUAAAUCGAUUAUUACCGUUUUAUAAUCAGUUAAUAGUUUAAAUCAUUUAUAACAAUCAAAAAUAGUAAAUAUUAACCUGUUCAGUAUCUACUUUUCUUUGUUGAAAGUCUGAAAAUAAAUAUAUUUGGGUUUAUGAGUGUUGCCUGGACAAAACAAGCAUUUUAAGAUGACCUAUUUGGAUUCAGGAUACUCUGAUACAUUUAAAAUUAAUUUCUUCUGACCUUUUUUUUUUUUAGACUAAAUGAUUUAUCAAUCAAUCAAUCAAUCAAUCGAGAGGUCAGAUGUGAAACAGUCUUGAAACUUACAACCAUAAAAGACAGUAGAACACUGGUAUUCAGCCUGGUGUCAAGUUACUUUGUAAGGAGACAGAUAUGUGUUUGGUGAGAAGCUCUGAAUGUAAACAUGACUUUUAAAAGGUCACCUUAAAGGUUUUUGUUUGUAGAAAAACAAGAAUCUUGGUGAAAACUGGUGUAAUCUUUGCCUUAGAGCAGGCUAUACAAACAGUAUGGUACUCUCCAACUCUUUGUCACGGUGUACUAUUAUUGGAUAGAGUCAGCUGCUCUCGACAGACCCUCAACUCUUCUGAGGACAUGUGUGACUGUUUUCUAUAGGCCUUUGAGCGCUCACUGUACUAACCAUUAGAUGAAUUAGGCAGUGUUGUGUCACUAUCUGAGUGUCCCAGUCAAAGGAAACACACAGUAACAAAGGUUACAUGCUGUAGUUGCCCCAGUUGAAUCACUCCUGUCUCACCUUUUGUAUGUCUGUGUUUAUGGCGCCAUUAUAGGACUGACCUAGUUGUACAAAGCAUAAAUAGGUGGACCCAGCAGUGGAUCCUUGCCUUGAACACAUCUCUCUUCCGCAGAUCAGUUCAUGUGUACACAUGGUUACCAAUGUAGCUGUCUGUUUCACAUGGGAACACUGCUAAUUAAGUUUCAGUUACCCUGGUGAAAUGCAGGUAUAAAUCAGGUUCUAGUAACAAUGCUAGAGCGUCUGAGUUUCAGUCCAGGAUUUAAAACGACUGACUCAAAGCCUUUAAUUAUAGGAACACUGUAGAUACUGUUUCUGUAAAGAAGCUGACAGUCUUUUGCAUGUUUGUGUUGGUUCGAGAGUAGAAAGCAAACUCAAUGCUGUAUACUAAGAUAUCCACUAUGGUUAUAUCACCCAGUGAGGUCAAAUACAGAUGUGUUUGUUAACACUUAGUUCUGAAAUAUGAGAAAGGAAACAGGUCUGCUGUAGAUUAGUGCCUUAAGGACUCAGCAUUACUGACAUUUUAACAUUUUAUUUGGGGUUUUGACAAAAGAAAAGGGUUAUGAAAAAGUACUUUGAAGGUUAUGUUAGGUAUUUUUCAUGCUGGGUGGUGUUGUCAGAGGUAAACUCGGUCAAAGUUCAAAUAAUUUCAACUCUGAGCGCAGCACUCGGGCGGGAAAUCUGAGCGGUGCGUGAUGCCAAGGGUAGCGGUGCCACUUUGUCAGGCGUUGCUGCCCUCUCCAUAGACAAACACUGGGACAGCCAGCGCAAAGCGGUUUUACAGCUGAUCAUGUGUAGAGGCCUUGACUGACUAAUGGUAUUGAGUACUGAGCGAGACCGUCACAACCAACCAUUUCAGCUAUCACCAACUCUGUUUUGGUUGAAACAAACUCUUAAUUUAGCCCCUAGAUGUGAAAAUAUUCUGGUGCUAUACACACUAAAAUGUUUAUUGAAGUGGAGUCUGGUGGGUUUGGUGAUGGUGAAUGUGAAGCUGUUUCUGGAUAAACAAAAAGGAUCUUACUCUUUAAAAUGAAAGUCUGUCUCUGUAGGGAUCAUUUCCAUAACGCUGACAGACCCUUGAAUCAACAGUCUGGGCCUGUCCCUGGCAAAAAGCACUUUUAGUGGAUGUCAAUUGAUGAUGUCCAAAUGCUCUGAGUGGUUACAUUGCAGCCUGUUUCCUGUUUGUUGUUCCCAUUAAUAAUGUAGACACAAAAAACAUGGGAAAAUAGGGUUGAGGUUGAAAAACACUGAAGUUACUCUUUCACACUGCUACAGAUGUGGGUCUUAUUGUAUUUGGUUAAAUGAUUAGAGGUCUUGCAGCACUCCAGUAUGAGUUUACAAAGCAACAUGGAACAAUUAAUGCACCAGUCAGAAAAAUUUGAUAAGAAAUGUGUGUAUAAGAAGGGAAGAGUCUUGAACACACUGAUUGAAUAAGAGUCACAAAAUAAGGUCAGGAUAAAGCAGAUGAGUACAAAACCUGCUGUUGGACAUGCAGCCUACAGUGACCCACCUUUGUAGCAGUGUUUGGUGAUUGAGUUACUCUGAGAGGUGAAUGGAGUCACUCUUAAAAAUGUAUGAACGAAGCAGAGUCAUCUGUCUGGGCUUUUGCACUGUGUCCUCUGCAGGCCUUCAACGUGUCUUAUUGGCAGACACGAUUUGUAGUGAAGUUGUUGGAAAUGCAAUGUUAGAAAUGCACUGUGUUCUUCUUGUUAGGUUCAAAUAAAUAUAUAUUUUGAUUUAA